AUGGCUCAGAACAGAGGUAACAGAGGGGUUGACAACAUUGCCCAUGGUAACGAUGAGAAUAGAAAUGCUGGGAUUGCAGUGGGUAAUGUUGGAGGAAUAGGAGUUGCACCAGUUCAGCAACCAAUGCAAAGAUUUCAGUUUGGGGGAUUGCCAACGGAAGACCCAAACUUACAUCUGGCUAAUUUCCUAGAGCUCUGCGCCACAUUCAAGAUGAACGAAGUGACAAAUGAUGCAGUGAGAUUGAGACUUUUCCCGUUUUCACUGAGGGACCGAGCAAAGAGUUGGCUUAUUUCUCUGGAAGCCAAUUCUAUAACAACAUGGGAAGAGCUAACUCAAAACAAUUUAGCGAAAUUUUUCCCACCAUCGCUGUCUGCAAGGUAUAGAGGUGAAAUCAACAAUUUUCACCAAAAAGAUGAUGCAGCGUCUGGAGGAGCGUUCAUGAGUAAGAGCGCUAAUGAAGCCUAUGAUCUGUUAGAGGAAAUGGCCAUGAAUAACUAUCAAUGGCCAUCAGAAAGAGAAACCAAUAAGAAGGUGGCUGGAGUGCAUGAAUUGGAUGCCAUUUCAAUGUUUUCCUCUCAAGUGGCAACAUUAACUAAACAGUUACAGCAGAAUAACAUUCAUGCUCAGGCUCCCGUGAUGCAAAUGCAGAUUAUUUGUGAGUUAUGUGGGGGGCCUCAUUUAUUUGAACAAUGCACAAAUAGGGAUUUUAACAAUAUGCCUAUCGAGCAAGUGCAAGCAAUAGGGAACUUCCCAAGGCCUUCCAACAACCCAUAUUCCAUGAGUUACAAUCCAGGGUGGCGGAAUCACCCAAACUUUUCGUGGACAACUGGGCAGGGCAGUCAGCAACAGUUUCAACAGAAUCAACCACAGUAUCCUCGACCUCCUCCUGGGUUUUAUCAGAAGCAACCAGUAAGACCUGCACAGCAACAGAUGCAAGCAAAGCAAGACGGUCAGGCUGAUGUGUUAACUCAAUUUAUGACUGAAACGAGAUCAUCAAUUCGGAGCUUGGAAACUCAGAUUGGACAGUUGGCUACACUUAUGGCAAACCAAGCUCAAGGGAACUUGCCAGGCACUACUAAGGUGAAUCCAAAGGGGAAUCCUAACAAACAGUGUCAGGCGAUUACUUUGAGGAGUGGAACAGUAUAUGAGGGAACAAGUGUGGAAAAGAGAAUCGAGCAGAAGCAAGAUCAACAGGCACCCAAUGUUGAGGACAAGAAGACUUGUGAAGAGAAGGUUAAAGAGAUUCCACCAGCAAGAGAAGUGGUACCUCUGGUGUCUAUAGAUCAUCACAGAAAAAUUCCAUAUCCACAGAGACUCCAAAAGAACCGUCUUGACAAGAAGUUUGCAAAGUUCUUAGAGGUAUUCAAGAGGCUACAUAUCAACAUACCCUUCGCAGAAGCAUUAGAACAGAUGCCCAGUUACGUAAAAUUUAUGAAAGAUAUUUUAUCAAAGAAGAGAAAGAUAGAGGAUUACGAAAUUGUGGCCUUGACCGAAGAGUGCAGUGCUAUUUUGCAAAGGAAGCUUCCACAGAAGUUGAGAGAUCCUGGAAGUUUCACAAUCCCAUGCACAAUUGUAUUCAAAAGACUUGGUUUGGGUGAGGCAAAGCCAACAACUGUUACACUACAGUUGGCCGAUAGAUCACUGGCUCAUCCGAGGGGGAAUAUUGAAGAUGUGCUAGUGAAGGUCGACAAAUUCAUUUUCCCUGCAGAUUUUAUUGUGCUGGACAUGGAGGAGGAUGCAAAUGUCCCAAUUAUUCUUAGGCGACCGUUCCUAGCAACAGGAUAA